AUGUGGAAGGUGUUUCUUCUAUUCAUUCUGCUGCUUAAAUUUGGGGAUGCCAGUGGAAAUUGUGAUGCAAAGAACUAUCAAAGUGUGGGAAAUGCACCAAAUAAUGCACUUAUCUAUGGAAUCACCCAGGACUGUCAAAUGUUCUUCAUCCGCCCAUCACAACUUCAUUUGCUCUCCACAAUUCGAGUCGAUAAGAGACAUUCCUUCUGUUAUGCCAACCUGGUACAAUUGCACGUGAAAGCCCACGACACACUCCUCCUAACAUUCAAACAGGCCAGCAAUCGGAUAUGCACUCUGGAAGUUCACAUUCCCGCACUAAACAUGCUAUUCGGAGAUCAUCUGUUCAGAUACUCCCUCCUAAACUCGCUUCCCUAUGCCUCAUGUUCCUAUUCCAAAGACCAAACAUUCCAACUCGAACCGGAUCUCUCAUUUAUGGAUCCAGUAUACAACGAUGUAAUUUAUUUCAUUGACGCUCUUUCUUCUGGGAAACAAUGGAAAGUUCUACAAUUCCUUUUGAAGGACACUGGAACUAUGAGCAUGAUGAACAAUUUGACUGUUUCACUUCAGACAAGUAAGUUGUGCUGUUUAAUGAACUUUGAUUACAUCUUAACUCUAGGAGACUCAUCUGCCAACGAAUUCGUAGCAUCACUUGACAAUCAACGGGACAAACUGUACAGAAGAAAUCGUUUCGAUAACCUCAUCUACCAACAGUGUGCAUUUGAAAUGAUGUUCAGGCCGAAAGAAACAGAAGUUAGUAGUUUUGAAACACCGGCAAGAGGAUAUGGUGCAGUUCUGAAUGGACAAUCAGUGGAUGGAGAUUUUAUGGUUUAUGUGGAAACUGAUAGAACUACGGAUCCACCGACGACGCGUCUGAAUAUGUUGUCUACCAGUCAUCCAGAACAUGUUUCAUGUGUUUCUGCUACGUCAUUCUCCUAUGAUGUGGGAAUUAUUCGAGAGGCAACAGUGACAAAAUUGAAAUCAGAACCAAGACCUCCAUUUGGAACCAAAGUGUCUCCUCGACCUAGCUCGAAAGCUGAGAAACUCAACGAUCAAGCCAGCAAAAGAAAUCGAAAUUCGACGCCUUCCCCCACCGCUUCAGAGAAAAAGAAGCCGACGUCUCCUUCUUCUUCUUCAACUUCCACACCUUCUGAACCACCACCCAACGUUCCAACAUCGGUCAAACCGAAAGGAACGUAUUCCCCAUCGAAAUCAUUUUUCAGUUAUGAAUUCGGUGGAGCUGGAACGACGGCAUCUGCUCCAGAAGUGAUUUCUAAUGAGAUUCCAGUCAAAGAGAUCGCAGCGGAACAAGUGAGAGAUGAGGAAGAGUUAAAUGAAAUAAUCAAGGAAUUGAAAUCGGAUGAAGAGAAAGGAGAAGAAGAGGAUUCUGAAGAUUCUGGAGAAGACGUCGGAAAAGAAGAAAACGACGUUGGAGAGAUGAAAACUAGAGAGGUGAAUAUAACAACUGAAAAAGGAGGCGAUUCUUCGGAAUCCUCCAACGCAACGUCUUCAGAUGCCGAAGCGGUGAAAUCCAGUAGAAUAUCGAUGAAUUCAAAUCUAAUUGUACUUUUUAUUUCCGCCAUUUCUAUUUUCAAUUAUUUCAAUUAG